AAAUUUUUUCAAAAUAUAAUUUUAUUAUAAAUCUUUUUUAAAAAAAUUUAUUUUUAUUUGUUUGAAUUGUUAAUGCUUUUUACCUUGUCUUCCGCACUCAAAAUAACACAUUUACCAAAAAAGAACCUCCUUUAAAUGGCACCAAAGAUGUUAAGAUACUUGCUUUUGUCAUUGGCAUUGGUACAACUGAUAGCUAGUCACAAUCAGGAUAAUUAUUAUGACGAGGAAGACGAUUAUCAGUACGAUGAUGACGAUAGCAACCCUAGUGCACAAGCGUUAUCUAAAAAAGGUCAUUAUCAAUACAUUGAUGAAUAUUCUGAUGCGCAAGCAUUAUCUAAAAAAGACCAUUUUCAGGACGAUGAUGACUAUCCUAGUGCGCAAGCGUUAUCUAAAAAAGACGAUAUCAUGAAUGAAGGUUCCCUUGUUGCGACUAUGUACAACGAAGGAAUCGGCUAUUUCUUAUCAUGUAAUGACAAAGUAUUGAGAGUAGCAUUAACCUUUCAGAACCCAUUUAGUGGAUAUAUAUAUUCACUAGACAGGACCGAUAAGUGUACAAACAAAGGCUCUGCAAGUAAGGUGAUCGAAAUGACUUUUGAUCUAGGAAAAUGUGGAGUGAAAAAGAACGGAAAUCUUAUGGAGACAACUAUAAUGGUUGAUUUUGAGAACUUAAAUCCAGGAUAUAAAGAUCAAAAUAAACUACUGAAUCUUAGUUGUCAGAUUGACCACGCCAAAGGACUUAAAUUUAGAGGAGGAGAUUCCAAGUCCGAAGCCGUAUUACCUGAACGAAACCCAAAUCAUCCACAAAUCAAAAACUUGUGUAGCAAAAGUGGAUUCGACUUGUCGCUGCAAUUCGAAACCAAAUUUGUUGGAAAUAUAUACACAAGUACAAACUUGGGCACCUGUGCUUACAAUAGCAAAAAUAACAAAGAAAUAGACCUCGUUAUACCUUACGAAUCUUGUGGAUCCUAUAAAAAGAAUCAGUACACAUUCAAUAUGUUGGUUGUUGAAUCUACCGCCAUAAACGCUGGUUUCAAAUAUUUUUACAACCUAGGUUGCCAACCCACUACCCAAUUGUCCAUAGAUUCCAUUAAACUUCCAACGUUUUCAUCAAAAGUGUCGGAGAAAAGCUUUAUAUGCGGUGCUGAUAAGGUGGUUGUAAAAUUGACAUUUUCAACACCUUUCAAUGGGAAGAUUGUGACAGUACAAAAUCAGAAAACAUGCUCGUACAUAGGUAAAGGCGAAAAGAAAGUUGUAUUCGAUUUGAACCUUAAUGAAUGCGCGUUUACCAAAUCAGGUGACCUUAUUUCCCAAACAUUGGCAGUAGAUUAUAAUAACGGAUUUACCGAUUUUAUUGGUUUCGAGUGUUAUGAACGCAAGUUGGAGAAUAUUACUUGGAUCAAUCAACAUGAGUACAAACUCAAGAUCUUUCCUAAAAUAACGUAUAUGUGCUUGGCCGACGGUAUUAAGGUAAAUAUAAAAUUCGAAAGCCCUUUCACCGGAUUUAUAAAAUCCCUCGGCAGUGAUUGCGAUAUUCCUGUCGACAAAGGAGGCAUAAUCAAUUUGGAUUUAGACUAUACUAGAUGCGGUACUCGUAAGAUUGACAAUACAUUCUUGAAUACAUUGCUAAUUGGUUGCAAUGGUAUCGCUCUAUCUUUUGAUGUUAAAUGCAAAAAAAUUAUCCAUUCCAUGACCAUUUAUGAAGUCAAUAAAAUGCUAAUCGAAACAAAGCAGACGGUUCAAAAAGCUCAAGUGUAUGGUGUUUGUAUCAACAAGGGAAUGAAAAUAUAUAUCAAAUUCGAAGCUCCGUUCUCAGGGAAAAUAUAUACGGUGGCUUCUAAAACCGGGAGAAUAGCCUGUGACAUCACAUUUAAAAAUGCUAAAGCCAAAACUGUAUUGAUUCCUUUUGAUAGAUGUGGCACUAAAAAUGAGGACGGUUUGUAUAGAAAUACUAUAAUAAUUCAAUCAGAUACGUAUACAUUGUGGAAGUCGGUUUAUUCAUUUUUCUGUAAAGAACCUGAAAAACUACCAAGUGAAAUCCCUGAAAGUGUAGUGAAAAAGAUAUUAGAUGGAUUUGACACAAAAAAUUUUGCAAGCAUGGGAAAUGUGAUAAAUACUAUAUCGGUUUCCCAGCCAUAUGAAGCAAAUAUUCUUUGCAUCGGCAAUGAGAUUCAGGUCGUUUUCCAAUUUUAUAAACCCUUUAGUGGUAAUAUAUACUCGAAUUACAAUGUAAAAAAUUCACAAUGCACCAAAGAAAUAAAGGCAAAAACCCACGUUACUGCAGGGUUUAAACUGGAGACUUGUGCAACAUUAGAAGAUUCCUUGUAUUACAAGUACAACAUUACCCUUAGUUAUUCACAGAAUGAGUUAUCUGGUGGAUACAAACUAUAUUAUUCAGGACAAUGUGCCAUAUUGAAAGAGUUUCCAACUAAAAAUGGAGAAUUUCCAGGUAAUAAAAUAGGCAAAAUUCCUGGUCAUAAAAAAGGCGGAUUUCCAGGUCAUAAAAAAGGACUUCCAGGUAUUAAAAAAGGCGAAUUUCCAGGUCAUAAAAAAGGCGAAUUUCCCGGUCAAAAAGGAAAAAUCCCUAAAGGCAAGAUUGGUGAAACUCCAAGUGUAAAUGAAAUCCCGGAGAAUGAAGGGAUGACGGAAUCAACAUUACCUAACACGACUUGGAAAGGCAAAAAAACAAAGAAAACUCCGAUAAAAAUUACAGAAACUAAGGUUAAAACUCCCAAAAUACGACCAGAUAAAAUUAAAAAAAUCAAACAACCUCACCAGGUUGAAAAAACUUUGGGACCAGAUGUGAUAGAAGAAGAAAAUGAAACGACGAAUAUACCCGGAUGGAAUAAAGCAGGGACACCAGAGAUAGUUAUGAAUGGAGGAGUCGAAACAUUCGCAUCGCCAAAAUUUAAUCAGGGUACGCAAGUUCCCAUUGGUGGUAAAAAUAAACAAAUUUCUAAUAAACCAUCUGAGCAGGUUCCAUUAGAUAAAGGAGUUGAAGGCUUGUCAAAUCAAAAUACCCUAUCAUCUCCAAAUAUCGAUAAUGUUGAAAUAGAGAAAAGCUCAUCAAAAGUUUUGAAACCUUCAGAAGGACUAAAAAUAGUAACAAACCGCAUUCCAUCUAAAAUAUCUCAUCCCCCGGGGGUGAUUCCUCCUGGAAACGCUGGCGAAAAUGAGGAAAUUAAUGAAUCAAGCUUAGGCUCAGCGUUGCCCCAUCACGAACAAAUUACACCUAAAAUUAAAAUGUCAACUAAAGUCCCUCAAAAAGAAAAUUGGGCAAAAGUUAAAGUUCCUAAUAUAGGUGGAGAGAGAGAAUCAAACUUAGGCUCAGAAUCGUCCCAGCGAGAACUAACACCUGAAAUGAAAGAGUCUACUAAAGUUCCUAAAGGAAAUGGGAAAAAAGUUAUAGGAGGUCAUGAUACAGAAGGGAAUUACAUGAACGAAGGUGAGGGGGGUAAAAAUUACACUUACACAGGUAAUGCUCAACAUACUAAAGGUAGAGAAGAUAAGAUAUCCACAAUGACAGGGGGUAUUGUUCCAGGUGUAAAUCAAGUAGGUACCGGGGGUGUUGAGGGUGAAGGUGGCGUAAAAGGUAAUAUAAAAAUAGUAGGCGGAGUCAACUCAGGAGAUAUGGGUCAACAACAGGGUGGCGCCGCGGGAUCAGGAGAUAUGGGCACUAAAAGACACGGAGAAACUGGAACUGAAAGUGAAACUGGUUCUAGGAAAUAUAAGAAAAUGUGGGGAACAGGAGAUAGGCCUGAAGGUUUUUAUGAUAUUAACGGGACUGAUAUGGAAGGAUCAUUAAAUGAAGGAGAAAACUUGUAUGAACGAACAGUCGAAUAUUCCGAAAGCCAAUAUGUAACAAUACCAUACGAAAAACUUACUCCCAAAAAUAACGUCGCAUAUAAGAUUAAUUGCAAGUCUAAUUCUGUUGCGUUGAGUUUUAUGUUCCAGAAGGCAUUUGUAGGGAAAAUAUAUGAUGUAAAUCAUACAUGUGAAAAACUUAUUAGCAAAGAGAAAAUAUUACUUUGGGAAGUUAAACAUGGAACGUGCGGUUUGAACAAGAUUAAUAAUACUUACAAGGCUGAUAUAAUCAUUGAGUAUCCAAAAGACAUGUUUAAAACUUACGUCAACUUAAUGCAAUUUUAUUAUACCUGUACCUAUGGAAUUACGAAAAAAAUGAUGGAGGCACUAGCCAGACCUAAAGUUACUAUGAAAUGUGGUGCCCAACAAUUUCAAUUGACACUUACCUUCUUAAAACCAUUUUAUGGCAACAUCACUACCGAAAAAGGGUUGUGCUCAACUGAAGUACUUGGGAAAACUACAUUCUCUUUACAAUAUGAUUUGCUAUCUUGCGGAACCGUUAAGCAUAAUGACAAUUACACAAACACGCUUUACGUGAGAUACAAAACUGGACAAGUUCAAACUUCAAAAAUGUACUGUCGCGUCACCUAUUUCAAAAUUAAAAAAGAAAUCAGCUAUCCGCGCAGUGUUGAAACUAAUUGUCGAGAAGAUGGUUUCUCCGCGAAAUUUGACCUUGGUUUGGUUUUAAAUUUAACUGUCAAUACAAGAGGUGACGAAAGAGUACCCAGUUGCUCCCAUAACUUUUUCAAUCAAAAGAAAAUAGUUGCCGACUUUCUAUAUAAGGAUUGCACAUCUAUAAAACGAAAUGAAACUACCUCGAUUGCGAUUGUUGAUCUAAGAUACCAAAACGACGCCCAACUAAGAACUUACACUCUUACUUGUUUUACCAAAGAAUGUAAAGAAGUGUGCCCUGGAAGAUUGGAUAGAAUAAGUUUUUAAAUGAAAGGACUAGAAAAAGAUAUGAAGGAAGCGAGCUGACAACUUUUAUCACUUUAAUUAUAUUUAUUUAUAUUUCUGAAUAAUUGUUUUUAUAAUCAAAUGCUCAUAGUUAUUAUAUUAUUUUCAAAAGAUUUUUAAUUAAUCAAUAAAAAAUGUUAAUUUUUUAAA